ACAGGAUCUCCUUUUCACAGUUGUGGAGUCCUAUUGCGGCACGUUUGACAGUGUGCAGUCCAAGUAACGUUUAAUCGCGAAAUAUGUAGUUCGUUUACAUUUUUCGAGCGCAAGCCUACAGAAGCAUCCGUAAAGAUUGAGACAUUUUGUCGUUUACGUCAGCGAGUGUUGUAUUUUUGUUGCAAAAUGGUUUUAAUAAUAAAUGUAGGAGAGAGCUUUACAAUGUAACUGCACUUUUCUGAGACUGUAAUCAAAUAGGCUUAGUUAACUUUCUGGUUAAUCCAGUGUUCGUAAUCUUUUUUGAACGUAAUUUCAAAUUCAAGUACAAUUUGUCUUUUGAGUGAAAAUGAGCUUUCUUUUUGGAGGUCGUUCCUCUAAAACAUUUAAACCAAAGAAGAACAUUCCAGAGGGCACUCAUCAGUAUGACUUGAUGAAACAUGCAGCAGCCACACUGGGGAGUGGAAAUCUACGUCUUGCUGUAUUGUUACCAGACGGUGAAGAUUUGAAUGAAUGGGUUGCUGUCAAUACUGUGGAUUUUUUCAACCAGAUCAACAUGUUAUAUGGCACAAUUACUGAGUUUUGUACAGAAGAAAGCUGUUCAGUUAUGUCUGCUGGGCCCAAAUAUGAAUACCAUUGGGCUGAUGGGCAAACAGUUAAGAAACCUAUCAAGUGUUCUGCACCAAAAUAUAUUGAUUACCUCAUGACUUGGGUCCAGGACCAAUUGGAUGAUGAGGCUCUUUUUCCUUCCAAAAUUGGUGUUCCAUUUCCAAAGAACUUCUUUUCUAUUGCAAAGACGAUAUUGAAACGACUCUUUCGUGUUUAUGCCCAUAUCUACCAUCAGCAUUUCUCAGAAGUGGUUCAGCUUGGGGAAGAAGCCCACUUAAACACAAGCUUCAAGCAUUUCAUCUUCUUUGUACAAGAGUUCAGUCUAAUAGAAAAGCGCGAACUUGCCCCUCUUCAAGAACUGAUUGAAAAACUUACCAGUAAAGACAAGGACACUAAACCUACUCAUUAACAUCUUAUAAUUUUCAAAAUGGAACUUUCAUAAACAUGCCUGUCCAUCUUUCAUAUUUUCUUGUGAAAUUUUAAGUUAAUUUUUUUAUGAAAGAAAAUAGCUAAUUGUAUUUAUCAAACUGUCACUAGUGCAAAGAUGUGUUCCUUUUCAAAAGAAAAUAUAUCUGUUCUGAUUUUCAGAGUGAACAAAUAUUCAAAAUACACACAUAUAUAUAUAUAUAUAUAUAUAUAUUUAUUUAAAAAUAUUAACUGUACUGUCAUUGUUUCAUGCUCAUUGAGUUAUAAUGAUGUUUAAUUCUUCUUUUCUUUCCUUUUAAUUACACAGGAAAAAAUUCAGUUACAUAUAUAAAUGUUAAUUAUUUAAAAAAAUUUAUUUCUUUAUUUAAAAAACAAUUGAUCUCAAGAAAUUGUAAGUAACUAAACUGGGAGACAGCUCUGCAUAAUGCAAACCUAGAUUUCAUGAAAUGUUAUUUAAUUAAUAGUGUACAUCUUAUGCAAUAUUCUAGAAAAAAAUUAGUCCUUAUCACUCUAAAUGCCAAGUUGUUAAGGCCAGGAGCCUUAAAUGCCAUUAGGCAUGUGAUAAACAGUUUUUAUCAUGGGUAAGUAAAUAGUGGUAGAUGAAACUAGCAUUUCAUAAAAAAAUUGUCUUUGAAAUAACUUAGUAUCUUUCGUGAUCAAGAAAAAAUAAACAAAAUAACUUGGAUAAUUUGAGCUGAAAUACAAUCAUUAACUUUAUUAGUUGUUGACUUGUAAACUACAAAUUAUUGAGAGCAGGUCAAAGUAAAAAAAAUCUUUUUUUUUAAACCUGUUUUAUCUCUUUUUACUUAUUAGGAUUAAUGAAUUACGUAGUUUAUAUUUUAAAUAUAGUAAAAUUAUAUUAUUGUUUGUGCCUUAAGUGAUAUUUGAUUACCUUUUUCUGUAUUCUUUAUAUUUACAAAAAAGUUUUUAAAUUCCUAAAUUUUAUGUAUGGAAAGUAGUAAUCCGAGUUUUAUAAAUAUCAGUGUCAGAUAUGGCUAUCCAGUUAAUUUGAAAUAUAAGAAAAUACAUUACCACCAAUGAAGAAAAGAGCAAACUCAUGGUUGCAGUGUAAUAACACAAUUUUAAAGUCACUUUUGAAAUUUUUCGUGAAAAAAUUAUAUGAUACCAUUGUUGUGUGAUUAAAAUUACUGGAUUUAUAUAAGAAUCAUGUUUUUUCACAUGAGAGAUAAAGGUAUUAAGUAUAUAUUAAAGUAUUAUGUAGUAAUGUUUACAAAACUGAUUUUGUUGUUCAGGUCUUAAAAGAAUAAUAUAUAUUUUGUUCCAGAAAAAAAAAUAUGCAAUAUUUCAUGACCUUUUUUUAUGAGUAAGUUAUUGAGACUGUUUUUAAUGUAAAAAAUUGUUUCUUGUGCACUUAUCUGAAUAAUGUAUUGAGUCAAACUUUUCCUAAAGAAUAUUGGUAGCAAUUUCAAAUCUUAAGUUAUAUAAAUAUAUUCAAAAUUGAUUAACAAAAUCAAAUAAUUUUAUCAUGCAUUUUCUUGAAUUGUGAAACAUAAAAGUUUAAUUAAAAUUAUAGUUUUUUCGUAGAUAUAUUAUAUAACUUUGCGAUCUACAGCUUCAGUUUGUACAACAUAGUGCAAUCUUGUGGUAGAUGAAUAGUAUCAAUAGCACAUGAAAAUUGCAUAAAUUUAAAGAAAUGUUGUUUCAUUUCUCUUUCCAAUAAUCCACACUUAAAUACCCCUCUGGUGGCUUAGUGCUAAACUUGAGUCCUUAUAAUGUUAAAGAUCAAGAUUCAAUCCCUGCAGUGGGCAUAGUGCACAUAGCUCAUUGUGCUGCUUUUCACUUAACAAAGAAACACUCCAUAUUUAAAUAUAUUUUACAUUAUGUGCCUAAAAUUUAUGAUAGUUUUUUGCAUUGACAGUGAAACUUCUGUAUAUGUUUAAAAUAGGAACAUUUUGAUAAUAAUAAGUAUUUAUUUGAUGUUUUGAUCACUUCCAAAUUUGUUUCAUGGUUGAAUGUUAUAAACAUAGCCAUAAUAUUGUUUUUAAGUUUAAGUGUUCGUUGUUAUUGAAUCAAUUCUUUGUAUCUCCUAAAGCAUAAAACCAGCAAAUUAAUGGUGACAAAAAAACAUCUUUAAGAAAAAUUCUUUAUUGUGUAACUCUUACUUUUUUAAUGAGUUAGACAACCCAUGUUAAUGAUUUAAAAUUAUAUGAGCAACAUUUCACUUGUCUUAUUAAGCUUACUGCACACUUACAUUUAAAUAUAGUAACAGAGCCACACAAGUCAUGUCUGUAUACAUAUCAUUGUGAUCUAAACAAUGUUAAUAUACUUUUGAGUUGUUGAGAACACAAUCACAUACAGGAAUCAUGGCUCGCACAGUCCUCUAAAUGUGCAUAUAAAUAUAUUAAGAAUGAAAACAGUUGAAUCCUCACUCAAAGUUUCAAUACAUAUUUUAACCUUUGUUUUAGAAAUAUAAGGAAUUUGUAAUUAUAAAAAAUAAAUUCUGAUAAAGCUUUCUUAAAUAAAUGUAAUCCAUAUUACAAGUUGGUUGAUUUGAAUAAUUUAUUAUUAUGCUGAGUUAACUGUUUUAAUCCAUUUAUAAUUAUUUUGGCAUAUUUAAUUACAAAUAUUAAACAAUUUUAGUAGUUUAAAGCUUUCUAUAAUAUAUUGUAGCAAUUGUUUAGUACUUAAUGAUAGUGUAGAAGUAUUGGUAGGUACAUACUCUUCAAGAACGUAAAUUUUAGUUAUAUAUUAAAAUUCAUGAGAGCAGGUUAGAACCUCAGUUGUUUGCUUUUAUAAUAUUCCAAUACUUUUGCUAUUGGUAGAUAUUUUCUCAAAAUGUUUUUUAAAUAUUGUACAGAGAGAGAUUGUUUUCUGAAUUUCAAAGUACCUAGUUUAUACAUAAAAUGUUUAACAGUAUUUCAUUAUUUAACUUCAAAUCCUUAAACGUAACAUUUUAAGGGUUUUACUUCAAUGGACUGCAUUGUUUCAACAGUAAGAUGACGGUUUAGCUUUUACACUGAGGUCUUCAGGUAGAAGUUGACGCUACUUAAAAUACCCUUGAAACAAUAUUAUUAUUACUUUAUUUUUAACAGUUACUACACUACAUAAUUCUAUGUUAGUUAAUACAUAUGUGCACUGGUUUUUAAAUAUGAUCUACAAAAAGCUUGAUUACAGAAGUGCUCUUAAUUGUGACUUGUGAAGCAUAUUUCAUACUAUCAUUUAUUUUACCAUAGUAAUUUAUUUUUAAGCCUUACAUUCAUAUUGAAAUUUUGCAAAUCCAAGUAUUUGAUAAGCUGUAAGUAUAGCAGUUACUUUGAUUUUUCCUAGUUUAAAUAUCCAGGAUUUUAAAAUUUUAGUAAUCACUGUAAAGUGUAUUUGUGUGAAUAUUAUUUUGUUUUGAUGCUUAUAUGUUAACUAUAUUAUACAAACUUAAAUCAUCAGAGAAUGUUUCAUUUUUGUAACUCGAAUGUGAAACGCUAAUAAAUAUUUUUCAGUUCUUUAUGCACAUUAAACUAUGCACCAUCAAUAAAGUUAUUUUCUAAUGUAACCAUUUGGCUAUUAAUAUAAUGAGAGAU